CUCCCGACCAUCUUCACUACUUUUCUUCUUGACUCAUACGACAACUCUACUUUGCCGCCUUUGCUUGCAAUUCUCUUCCUCCUCUGGCAGAUCUGAAUACCCUCAACUUCAGUUUUAGCAUCAAUCAUCGAAUUAAUCUUAACAAGAACAUUUGUAAGUUCCACUCGCCUUUGGCUGCAAUUAUCUUUGAAGCCCAAGUGGUGUGAGGGGCAAAGCUCACCCCUUCUCCCGCCACGGUACAAGUACAACGCUCCCGGACGGCUAUUCGUUUCCAAUUGAUAACACACUAAUUUGAGGGAUUCUGUAGAAGCGCAAAGUCUUCACUUCUUUACACGAGUACCAGAUCGAGACGCUCCAACAAGUCGAAAUUGAAGAAAUGCCUGCCCGCGAGGAAAUCACUUACUUUGGAGCUGGUCCAGCAUUACUGCCUACCGAUGUCUUGAAGACAGCUGCACAAUCUUUAGUGGAUCACGAUAACACGGGUCUUGGUCUCGCAGAGCACUCUCAUCGUUCUGAAUUGGCUACGGGAAUUCUCAACACAACAAAGGCAGAUCUUGCAAAAUACCUGGAUAUACCCGAUGACUACGACAUUCUCUUUAUGCAGGGUGGUGGGACCGGAGAGUUUUCUGCCACCAUAUACAACCUGGUUGGUGUUUGGGUAGAGCGAAGAAAGCAGAAGAUCCUCAGAGAAAUUGGAAUCACCGACGAGAAGGGAAUCCCAGAGGACGAGCUUGUCAAGCAAUUGCAAAAGACUGUGGUCGAGGAGUUGAAGAUUGACUAUUUAGUCACUGGUUCUUGGUCGUUAAAAGCAAGUCAGGAGGCAGCUCGUUUGGUGGGUGCAGAACAUGUCAAUGUAGUGGCAGAUGCACGAAAGAUCAACGAUGGCAAAUUCGGCAAGAUUCCAGAGGAGAGCACUUGGAAACUUUCCAAGGACCCCGCUAUGGUUUACUAUUGCGAUAACGAGACUGUUGAUGGUGUCGAAUUUCCUGGCUUCCCCAAGAUUUUAGAGCCAGCUGGAGAGGACGGACCAAUUGUCGUGGCAGAUAUGUCUUCAAACAUUCUUUCCCGUCGGAUACCCAUUAAGAAUUUCUCCGUCAUUUUCUUUGGAGCCCAAAAGAACUUGGGAACCACUGGUAUCACGGUUGUUAUCAUCAAGAAGAGUCUUUUGCCACCCGCGGUAGCAACUCCAGCUCCUACUCUGUUACGAAAGCUAGGUCUGCCAAUUGGUCCAAUUGUCUUUUCGUAUGAGACCAUUGCCAAAAACAACAGUCUUUACAAUACCCUCAGUAUCUUUGAGUAAGUCUUGCAGUCAUGGCUGCCGAACCUAGCUAAUUCUUUGAAGUGUCUACAUUGCUGGCCAGGUUCUCAAAAGCUCCUUGGCAACUUACUCUAACAAAGUUGAUGGACAAGAAGAAGUGUCCGAGAAAAAGGCGAACCUAAUCUACGGCGCACUUGAUGCUCACCCAGAAGCAUUCAAAGUCGUUCCAGAUAAGAGCGUACGCUCAAGAAUGAACAUUUGUUUCCGGGUGACUCAUGUAAGUAUUGAUCCUCUCUGAGCCCUUGCUAUGUCAUAUUUCGAUUUCCUGAAAAUACUACCCGACUCAAAUUCUAACAUAAGUCAGCUUGCAAACAUCGACGACGGCGAGAAGCUCUUCCUCAAAGGCGCCGUUGAGAAGGGACUCACAGGAUUAAAGGGCCAUCGAAGUGUUGGUGGUAUCAGAGCCAGUAACUACAACUCCAUUCCUCUCUCGGGGGCGGAGAAGUUGGCAGCGUAUAUUGAAGAAUUUACAAAGACGCCAAAAUAA